AUGGUUGCCACUGUAGACGAAUCGACCCCUCUCAGUCGGGAAAGGGAUCCAGGGUCCUACGACGCUAUUGUCAGAAAUUCACCACCAGAAAAUGAGGGGGAUAAUACCAGCGAUGAGGAGAGCAACCUCAUAUCACGCCCCAGCUCACGUGAUGCUCCCGUCCAGGCCAUGACCAGUGUUAGCACCAUUGUGGCCGUGUUGUUGCUCGUAGGAGAAUUUAUUUCCAAUGCAGAUGGCACACUGGUUUUGGCAGCAACUGGACCGAUCUCCUCCCAGUUCAAUCGGUUGCAGGAUGCCAGUUGGUUGUCUACUGCUUAUACCCUUGGUCUCUGUGCAGCGCAGCCUAUGUAUGGAAAAUUAAGUGACAUCUACGGCCGCAAGGUACUCUUGCUUGCCGCAUACUUUUUAUUCGCUUUCGGAUGUUUGGUCUGUGGCACCGGAAGCGAAAUGUGGAUGGUUAUCUUAGGCCGUGCUAUCAGUGGUAUUGGAGGUGCCGGCAUUAUGGGAGUGGGAUCCAUCAUUAUAACCGACAUAGUUCCUAGGCGCGAAGUCGCCAGCUGGAGAGCAUAUGUAAACAUCUCCAUGACUUUGGGUCGUAGUGUUGGUGGACCCGUUGGUGGUUGGCUAACGGACUCGAUAGGGUGGCGAUGGCUCUUUAUCCUUCAAGCUCCAUUGAUAGGAAUUGCUGCGAUCCUUGUUUGCGCGAAACUCAACAUCUCCUACCCUGGAACCAACGUUACCCCCAAAGAGAGUAAGACAUCGCCUCUACGUCGUGUCGACUUUUUGGGCACGUUUUUGCUGGCAGCCGCCAUAGUUUCGAUUGUCGUACUUCUUGAUAGAGGCGGACAGGCAUUCCCUUGGAUCUCAUGGAUUUCAUCCCUGCUAUUCGGACUCGGGGUACUCCUACUCGUUGCAUUUGUUCUGGUAGAGAUAUAUGUCGCUCGGGAACCCAUCUUCGAACUCCGCAUUCUGCGACGCCCCAAUGUGGCAGCAAGCUACCUUAUCGGUUCCUUACAGAUCAUGGCCCAAGUUGGCAUGAUGUUCUCCGUGCCCCUUUACUUUCAAGUCACCGAGCGGGCGUCAGCAACCGCAGCAGGCGCCCAGCUGGUCCCUGCCGUUGUCGGUAAUACAAUUGGCGGGUUACUUGCAGGUGGCUUCAUCCGACAAACAGGUCGCUAUAAUAUUCUGGUCGUACUGGCUGGACUCGUUGCUGCCAUCACAUACGCCCUUCUUUUCCUCCGCUGGAACGGCCACACCGGUAUAUGGGAGUCGCUCUACAUCAUCCCCGGUGGUAUGGGAACUGGCAUUGCAUCUGCAUCUGCGUUCGUCACCAUGACGGCCUUCUUGGAACCGCAGGAAAUACCCAUGGCGACGGGGGGUUAUAUGUUGCUUUUCAGCUUCGCCAUGACCGCCGGUACCACUACCGCCAACACUUUUUUGGGACUCGAAUUCAAGCGCCAGCUUGAGCGCAAUCUCCAUGGGCCCGAUGCUCAGAAGAUUAUUAGUCACGCUAUGUCGGAUACCCGCUACAUUGCCCAGCUUACUGGCCGUCUCCGAGAGAUAGUCGUGAACUGCUUCGUCGCUGGUCUGAAGCAUCCAUACCUGAUCUCACUCGUCUGUUCCCUCCUUUCGUCGUUGACUGGGUUGACCGUGCGACAUAAUAGUUUGUAA